AGAGAGUGUCUGCGGUUCACUCCCCGUCUCUGUUUCCCGUGGCCGUUCUCAUAGGUGGAGUUUGCUUUCCUGGAAUUAUCGUGGGCAGCUUUUCCUGUUGCGCUGCGUUUGACUCUCAGCGUCUGUGUGUGUGUGUGUGAUGGGUUUGGAUUAUUGUUGUGGAUGACGACGCCAUCUGGAUUUCUUACUCGGACACGAGAGCUUUUUCACGGCGUGAAACGAGCCGCCGGAGAUCUGGACAGAAGUUCCUGCUGGAAAAUGGCUCUGAAGUGGGAAGCGACGCGAGAUCCAUCGACGGCUAAACGGCUUCCCUGGAUUUCGCUGACGUUGCCAUUGUUUCACUGAAGAUGGACACACUCGAGUCGGAGUUGACCUGCCCAAUCUGUCUGGAGCUUUUUGAAGAUCCUCUUCUGCUGCCGUGCGCUCACAGUCUGUGCUUCAACUGCGCUCACCGCAUCCUGGUGUCCCACUGCACGUCACUGGACGAGUCCGCCAAACCCUUCUCUGCGUUCCAGUGUCCCACCUGCCGCUAUGUCAUCACCCUCGACCAGCAGGGCCUAGACGGACUGAAGCGCAACGUCACGCUGCAAAACAUCAUCGACCGCUUCCAGAAGGCCUCGCUGAGCGGACCCAACUCCCCGGACGAAACCCGCCGCUCUACCCCGCUGCGCAUCCUGGAUGAGGUCAAGGCCAUGAGUUCACCGUCCGAGCCGGUCCAGUGUCAGUUCUGCGAGCAGGACCCGCCGCAGGACGCCGUAAAGACUUGCGUCACAUGCGAGGUGUCGUACUGUCAGGAAUGUCUUCGGGCCACGCACCCGAACAAGAAGCCGUUCACCGGCCACCGGCUGACCGAGCCGGUGCCAGACUCGAGGCUCAGAGGUCUGGCCUGUCCCGAUCACAGCGAGGAGAAGGUCAACAUGUACUGCGUCACCGACGAGCAGCUCAUCUGCUCUCUGUGUAAACUGGUGGGACAUCACCGCGACCAUAAGGUGUCGGCGUUAGGAGAGAGAUAUGACAAGCUGAAGCACAUGUUGGAUUCCAACCUCAGCAAUCUGAUCAAGAGAAACAAUGAGCUGGAAAACCUGAUGGGAAAGUUGAUCCAGACCUGUCAACAUGUGGAGCAUAACGCAUCUCAUCAGGAGAGUAAACUGGUAGAGGAGUGUGACAUCCUCAUCAACAUCGUACAGCAGAGAAGACAAAUGAUCAGCACCAAGAUACGAGAAGGAAAGGUGGUGCGCUUGAGAAAGCUGGCUCAACAGAUCGCUAACUGCAAACAGUUCUUGGAAAGAUCAUCAUCUCUCAUAACUCAAGCCGAUCAGACUCUGAAAGAAACCGAUCACGCACGCUUCCUACAGACGGCCAAGAGCAUCGCUGAGAGAGUCUCCAUGGCAACAGCAUCCUCUCAGGUCCUGAUCCCGGAGAUAAACCUGAACGACACGUUCGACGCACUGGCGCUGGACUUCUCCAGAGAGAAGAAGAUGCUGGAGUGUCUGGAUUAUCUCACGGCUCCAAACGCACCCACCAUCCGCGAGGAGCUGUGCACGGCAUCUCAUGACACCAUCACCGUCCACUGGACCUCAGAGGAUGAAUUCAGCAUUGUUUCAUAUGAGCUUCAGUACACCAUCUGCACCGGCCAGGCCAACAUCCUCAGUCUUUGUAACUCCAUGGAGAGCUGGAUGAUCGUGCCCAACAUCAAACAGAACCAUUACACAGUUCACGGCCUUCAGUGCGGAACCAAAUACAUCUUCAUCGUGAAAGCCAUGAACCAGGCCGGGAGUCGCAGCAGUCCGCCCGGCAAACUCAAGACCAACAGUCAGCCAUUUAAACUGGACCCCAAGUCGGCACACAGGAAGUUAAAGGUGUCACAUGACAAUCUGACCGUGGAACGGGACGAGGCCUCGUCCAUGAAGAGUCACGCACAGGACCGCUUCGGCAGCUCUGGGAACUAUGGAGUCACUGGAAACGUCUACAUCGACAGCGGACGUCACUACUGGGAGGUUCUGAUCGGAGGAAGCACAUGGUUUGCCAUUGGCAUCGCCUACAAGUCAGCCCCCAAACAUGGAUGGGUGGGCAAAGAUUCUGCGUCGUGGGUGCUGUGUCGCUGCAACACCUCGUGGGCCGGGAGGCAUAACGGCAAAGAGUUCCCGGUGGAGCCGUCUCCUCACAUGCGGCGUCUGGGCGUUCUGCUGGACUACGACACCGGGUCAUUGGCUUUCUAUGACGCCGCUGGCACGCAACACCUGCACACCUUCGACAUCGCCUUCUCUCAGCCCAUCUGUCCCGUCUUCAGCGUGUGGAACAAGUGCUUGACCGUGCUCACGGGUCUGCCCAUACCUGACCAUCUGGAGGUCAGUGACCAUCGGGAAUGAAGAGAUGCGCCUUUACACCUGGACUUAACAUCAGUCAGUACAUCCUGAAGGACCGCCUACUCACCUGUCAAUCAAUCACUAGUGGACAAAAGUCACUUAUUCGUUUUAGCACUUUUAGAAUGAUAGUAAAGUCAGACUAUGAGAUGAGAUAAGUGUUGAAAAAGUCCAAUGUUUGCUGAAAAAUUAUCUUUUUUUUUACAGAAACACGGCCUUUCCAAACUGGUCAUGUGACACAUGUACGUUCAACCUUUUAAAAUGUCAUAUGUGGCUAGAUCGACAAUCAGACUUUCUUAUACGUUAUGAAUCUGCAGAAACACUGUGAUGGAUGCAUUCAUCUGAACUAAAUCUCAUGUGAGGUUCUUCACAUGCUGUAAAUAAUCUGAAUCGCCAAAAUCUGAGGUGUAAAACGACACGAAGAGAACUCUCCUGGUGUUCAUCGAAGAACAUAUCGUUUGCUUCACUUGCAUUCCAGAAUCAAGCACCUUGAAUCACACCUAUUGAUGUCGUCUGAACAGAAUUAUUUAUGAAUCUUUUUCUCCUAUGUCAUGCACCUCAUGUCACUUUAUGUGAGUGUACUAAAGGGGUUUAUAAGAACCUCGUGAACUGAGUACAAACUAAUUCUUCACGUCGAGUUACAGUCCAACGAGUCUUCUGCACUCACGUGAUUCAUUUGAGUGUUUUCUCAAUAUUAGUAUGAAACAGACCUGCCACGGUGCUCGUCUUCUCUUCCUGAAACAUUGGCUCUGUUCAGAAUGGAACACUAACUUUACUGAAUACUGGGUAGGACGUUCUGUACACCGCCUGUAGUUUUGUUUGAUAAAUGGACUUUGAAAGGAAGCAUUCUUGCACGAAACAUACUUUGCUAGUAGUCACAUAAAAAUGGAUCGUCCUUUUUCGCAUUUUUUAAGUUUGUAUGUAAAUGUUGGCCUUUUAGCCAUCCAAUCAAAAGAGUCAAGAAAGAGUUUGCAGUUGAUGUCACUUCCUGUUUUUCGUCACACUGGAAAUGGAGGGUCAAGCGCAAUGCAUUGUGGGAUCCAGUAUUCCAAGUACUGUACAUUUUGGCGAAUGUAAAAGGUCGUCUGGAUACUCAUAACUUGCACAUUGUGCACAAUAUAACCAUACUGCUGUACUUACUCUAUAUAAUAGACAGUAGGUGUGCAGUGUGAUAGUGGUGUGCCAUUCUGAAAACAGCCAUAUAUUGUACUUGCACUUUUUCUAUCUUACCUUUGACCUUUUAACACUGCAAGGAACUCUGACGUACUAUUUUACCCUCUUUGUUCGGUUUUAUUUUCAUUGUCCCCUUACAUUGCUGUGCUUGUCAUGACACAUUAAAUAAAGAUGCCAAAGCGUGAUUAUGUAUAAAUUUAAGUUUCGUGAAAAUCUUCCCUUUGUACUCAAGAUUUGUGCUGAAUAGAGCACAACAGUGCAAGCUAAAACUGCGUUCAAUAAUAUAAGGAAUUCAUUACUUUGUUAGAAAGGAUUUAUAGGUUUUGCAGAUUAAAUAGCACCUUUUACUGCACUUUAUGCAUGAGCUGAUAGAUUUUCAUUUCAUUUUAAAGUUCAUUCAAAAUGUGUUUAUCUUAAUGUACAGUGAUAGUUACGUUUUGUAAUCCAUUUUUAUUUUUCCGAAUUGUGAAUAAUGCCCUGGUAUGAAAUAAUAAAAUAGUUUGUCCCGUUA